AGUAAGGAGCUUCUGCUGAGGUUUAUUUUGAUGACCGAUGAGAACAACACAAGCAGGAUCAUCUCGCUUGGCAGAGCCAUUGGCAGUACCAUUGAUCUGAGUGGCACCAGUCUGUCAGCAGACACCUGCAGAUCGCUGGCCAUUGUGAUCAACUACACUGAAGAGGACUGUGAGGUGGACUUAAGCAACUGCAGCCUUUCUACUGAGUGCAUCGAGCGACUGUCUGCAUGUCUACACAAAAUACGAGGCUUGGAUGUUUCAAACAACAAUCUAAAUGAUGAAGCCACUCAAAUACUUGCAUCGACUCUCAGCCAAGGGGAUUCACUCCACGUCAUUGACCUGAGCAGCAACAACAUCACGGAUGCUGGAGCAGCAAAAAUUCACGAUGCUCUGAAUGGCAAAUCCAAUCUGAAAGUUGUGAGAAUCUACAAUAAUAAAAUAUCAAACUGUGCCAUCUUUGGGAAGGACCCUCGUUAUGAGAUCUGAUGACUGAAGACUGCUGUAUUGGGGUGACAAAGAGAGUUUUUUUUACAGUUUGUUAAAUAAGACUUGCAAAAUUUAAAUUUGUGUGAAAGAAAGAAAGGGUUAUAAGAUUUAGCUUGUAAUUGAAUAAAAUAUGUAAACAGGAAUGUGGCGCUCAUAAGGAGAUGCUAAUACUACAUUAACAAUGUAAGUAACAGGAGAUGAACAUGGUGGGCUGGCUUAGGCAGCAUGUUAGUCAAAUCAAAUCAAAAUCUUUAUUGUCAUUGUAGCAAUGAGACAUUGUACAACGAAAUUUAGGUGCAAUUUUAAUAUGCAAAAAUAAAAUAAAAACAAAACACAA